ACACACAGGCCAUAUGACUGAGUCAAGUGCAGCUUUUAGUUUGUAACCGAGUUGAGAUAAGGUUUUCUGGGAAGCGUAGCCUGGUUGGACGGCAUUCCAUUUAGAAAUAACCAUGUGUGCUCAACAGCUGGGACUUUCUUUACCCCUCUAAGAAACUUGGAUAUAUAAAGUCAGCUGUGUAAGAUAUCCCUGAUGGCCAUGUCUGCUCCCCGCUCGUCUGUGUUUACAUUUGAGUCUACGGUGCAUUCCUCCCAUGUGCUACGCUGCCUGGACGAGCAGCGUCGCCGCGACGCGUUGUGCGAUGUAACAGUGGUGGUGGAGGGUCAGAGUUUUAGAGCCCACCGCUCAGUACUCGCUGCCUGUAGCGAGUACUUCACACACCGGAUCUCCUCCCUCACCCAGCAUGGAGCAGUCAUCACUCUGCCACAAGAAGUGACAGCUGCUGGCUUUGAGCCCUUGCUGAAGUUUGCCUACACAUCCAAACUUCUCUUUGGGAAAGAUGACGUCAUAGAAAUACGUAACUCAGCUUCCGUUCUUGGUUUCAGAGACCUAGAUGAUGCAUGCUUUGAUUUCCUCCUCCCUAAGUUCUUCUCCAGCAUUAAGGGCUCUGUCCCUUUUCUUAGGAAAACCUGUUGUAAGAAGAAAUGCAAGAGGCAGUUUUCAAAGGAAGACUGCAUAGACUCUGACGAUGUAUUUCUGGAUGAGAAAGAAGUAAAACCAGUUGCUGACUCACCAUCUCAGUGGGAAGUGGCUUCUCUCUGCAAGAAAUCAGUGAACAGCAGAAUAGGAAGUCAGUAUAGUGCGGGCUCUCUUAUGCCUGUAGCUGAAGGGGCAAAUGAUAAUUUUGUGCAGUGUCCAAAGUACCGCAAGUUCCAGCUGGCCUGUGGGAAGGAAACUUGUGUCGCAGAGAAAAGUCUGAACAAUCUAGUAACAGUAAUCAGGGAUGACAGUAACCUAUCCUGCACACCCUGCUCCAGCGGUGGGAAUGGUAAGAACGAAACUGAACAAAGAAGUCCGCCAAGACAGAGCAAAGUCCGGGCUGAUGAGCCAUGGAAAACUGAAAUACAUGACAAGAAAAGCGAAGAUGGUUUGGGCAGGGGGGAGGCUCAUGUGGUUAAGAAAGACACAAAUGAAAGAGAGGGAAAACGUGAGGAGAAGGAAAGAAAGACUGAUAUUACUGAUAUGAAGAUGGAGGAAGAGAUGGAGCACACCAAUGGAGUCAGCUCUUCGGACAGAUUCAGCGUGAAAGCGGUUUCCUCGGGACAAAGCGCAGUGCCUGGUGAGAGGUCCCCAGGGUUAAUAUUGCAACAUUGCGCCCUGAGGGCCCUGGCCGAGGGCUCGGCAAUCACUAGGUCACUGGGGCAGGAGAGGUUUGUCAUGGACAUUAAAGAGGACAAGAAACCAAGGGACUCGAGGGUACUAGAGCCGGUAUGCAUUCAUAAAAAGGCAGGGGAACAGGUAGAAGCUGAGGGGGAAAGGGCAGACAAUGCCUGGGGAGAAAGAGGAAAAGGAAGACAAAUAGGCAGCAUGCAGAGAACCCUGCCAGUAAAUAAUGCUAGAGACGGGAGUACCGUGGAAAGGGAAGUGGCUGAGCACCUGGCCAAGCCGCUGGGAUCCGACGUGGGCUUGUCUCAGCUGAACUCCCAGGACCCUGAUCCAGGAAGUUCCUCUGAUAAAGCGAGUGGACAGACGCACAACACAUCUGUAGAGUGGCUGAAGCUUCACGUCAAUCUAAGCUCCAGCAGCACCGGCUGUCCCUUUUUCCAGGCUCUGGACCAAAGCAAAUGUUUAUGGAAGGGAACCAGGCUGUCUGAGUGCGAGGGCGCGUCUCCCUCAGGUGUAUCAUCCCUAAACUCAGGGGAGGAUGGAGACUCAGAGACAGAAACAGAAGGAGACAGUGAGUCCUACACAAUAGAGAGAGCCAGGCAGGUGCAGUUACCAUUCUCUGUGGACUCGAUUCUGGAUCUGAGCCGAAACGACUUCCAACAGCUGCUGAAGCAACACGUCUUUACGCGUGAACAGCUGGAGUUCGUCCAUGAUAUGAGAAGGCGCAGCAAAAACCGCCUCGCAGCUCAGCGCUGCCGCAAGAGGAAACUAGACUGCAUAUACAAUCUGCAGUGUGAAAUCAACAAGCUGAAGACAGAGAGGGAGAAACUAAUCAUGGAGAAGAGCCAGCUGAGCCAGCUGAAGCUGAAAACAUGUCACAGUGUCUCUGCCUUAUGCCAAAGGGUCUGCAACGAAGCCCACCUGCAGCCAGAGCAGCUCCAGGUGUUAGCCAAGUACACAUCCCCAGACUGCCCUCUGUCCUCUUUCUUUCCUCACAUGGAUGCUCUGCUUUCACAGCCCGGGUUGCCAAUCCAGCCCCCGACUUCCUUCUCAGCCUGUGCUGUGGGCCUUGAUAAGCAUAUGGCAUCUGGGGAGGAUUUGUCCAGCUCCAGCAGGGACACAGUCACGGGAGACGGUCAGCAUAGAUACUGAAAGCUCCAGUGAAACUUACGGGAUCGGGGAGCCUGUGGUUGUGAUCUCAAACUGGUUAUUAAACCAGAGGUUCCCUCCCUGUAUCAUACAGUAUCUAAGGACAUUACCAUGGACUGUGAACUGAGUACAGCCUGAAAAAUAAAGCAAUCACAUCCUUGUGCUCUUAUCAUAAAAUGACAGUGCAUUUAUAAUGACAAGGCCACACAAGUUUUAAUAAACUCAUGCUUUUUUAUUUAAACCCAAGACUUACAGCAUAUUGAGAGGUCAGGAAUGCAUUCCAGAUGUUCAAAACCAUUCAAUUUACUUUUCUACUGAUUACAGGUCUUUGAUGACCUUCUGUAGAGAAUGUUUCCAGCAUUGCAACUAGCUUAUUACUAGUUUGUUUUCUGGUUAAAGGCAAAAGGCACCUGCUUACAAAUCAACACAGCCAAGGGUGCACCUUGAGAAUGUUAAGAUUUCAGCACUCAGACAAUCACAGCUUUAAACACAAAUCAGUGGGAACAACGCUCUCUGUAUUUGUGACAUGCUACGGUGUUUG